CUCAGUCUCUAAAACCCUGCUCUUUUUUUCAUUCCCUUGACAACAUUCUCCUCAUAAAUCACAAACCCCAUCACCGCCGCCGCAACAACCACCACAAUCUCCGGCGCAAAAUCUAGAGAGAGAAAAUGGAGCAAGGUGAUCAAGUAGCAAGAGCAUUCGUAGAACACUACUACUCAACAUUUGACACAAAUCGUGCAGCUUUAAGCAGUUUAUACCAAGAAAGCUCAAUGUUAACUUUUGAAGGUCAAAAAUUUCAAGGUGCUCAAAAUAUUGUUGGUAAACUUACAAGUUUACCCUUUGAGCAGUGUAAACAUUCUAUCACUACUACUGAUUGCCAGCCUUCUAGCUCAAAUGGUACUCUUCUUGUUUUUGUUAGUGGUAAUCUUCAGCUUGCUGGUGAACAGCACCUUCUCAAGUUUAGUCAGAUGUUCCAUUUGAUGCCAACCCCUCAGGGAAGCUUCUAUGUGCAGAGUGACAUAUUCCGGCUUAACUAUGCUUGAAACUACAUUAUCACAUUAAAUUUCAGUCAAAAAACACGAAAGAGGUUUUGUAGUGUUCAGCUACCAGAUCAAAGUUGCUCUUGUAUGCUGUUGCUUGAGAGUAAUGGUUAGUCCACAAACAUGAAUGGAAAUGUAAUUUUGCGGAUUACUUGUCGAAUUUGUUUUGAUCGUAUUUUGGAUUUUCUUAUGAAGUUUUGGACACGCUUUCGAAUCCUUAA